UUCAGAGGACAGUGAGACAAUGUAUAAUGCAUGUAUAAUGUAUAUAUAUUACGUGUUUGGGAAUGCGUGACCAAAGUAUCAACACUCUUUGAUAAACUGCACAGAAACCGUCUAUAACAAGUAUUUCCUGUAUGAAUUUCGUUGGACAUAAAUUGAAAUCGUUGGGAAACAUGGUAAUGAGUUUCUAAGAGCCUGAGGCUAAAUAUGCCAACUCACUGGUCAGUGUCACUAACUUUUAGACUUUUCCUCUGUUAAAACACUUUCUACUGUGUAAAAAGAAACAAAAUAUGGUUAACAAAAGUUCAAAACCUAAGGAAAUUGGAUUCCUAGCAAAGUUAUACUUACGGAGUUAUAACGCUAUACAGACUUUAGGGUGGAGUUUAAUUUUGUAUCUUCUUGUGUCCUAUUUUGCCCCUGGAAAACGGGAAAUAACCUUAUGGGAAACUGUAAAAACCGCAGUUUUGGUUUUCCAAAAUGCUGCUGCUUUAGAAAUUGUGCAUGCAGUAACGGGACUGGUUCCAUCGAAUCCUAUAAUUACCACUUUCCAAGUUUUAAGUCGUGUUAUGGUGGUUUGUGGAGUUCUACUUGCGACACCACCUGAAUUUGCUGCAGCUUCUCCUGGUCUUCCACUAGCUCUUUUUGCAUGGAGUGUUACGGAAAUAAUUCGUUAUGGAUACUACUUUAUGAACCUCAUGGGAUACGUACCAUACUUUCUUGUAUGGCUUAGGUACACUACUUUUAUUAUACUCUAUCCCAUCGGAAUCACGGGAGAACUUUUGUGCCUGUAUGCUGCCAAAAUAUAUGCCACUACUAAACCACAAGCCUGGAGUUACACGUUGCCCAAUUAUUGGAAUUUCACAUUCAGCUAUUAUUACUUCAUAAUAUUCGUGAUGCUGCUUUACAUUCCGCUUUUCCCGCAGUUGUAUUUACACAUGUUUGCUCAGAGAAAAAAGAUUCUUGGGCAAGCUUCAAAACCAGCAUCGAAGAAAUUCCAGUAAACUGUGCAUUUAAUCAUUUUUCCUAUUUUUCUAAGGGUUGUAUCGGUCAUAUUAUAAAUUAUAGGUUGAAGGUAGGAUUUUUAUAGUACAAAUAAAUUAUAUACAAUUUAAAAACUUUCA